UAUAAAUAAAAUUGAAUUGAAUUGAGCUGGAGGCAGCAGUGAUGCUCAGUCUGCUAUACACCACUUCACUGUCCUGGCAGGAAUGGCUCUGAACGUAUGAACUGAUCUUGUCAUCUUGUGUCUUACAGCCCAAAGCUCUGAAGCUUCUUGGUAUGGAGGACGAUGAGCCCCGUCCGAAGGGGAAGGGGAAGAAGAACAAGAAGAAGGAGGAGGAGGUGGAUAUCGAUGUAGAUGACCCUGAAGUCAGCAGGUUCCAGUACCCCUUCCAUGAACUGAUGGUGUGGGCGGUGCUGAUGAAGCGCCAAAAGAUGGCGCUGUUCCUGUGGCAGCGAGGGGAGGAGGCCAUGGCAAAGGCUCUGGUAGCCUGUAAGCUCUACAAGGCCAUGGCUCAUGAGUCUUCCCAGAGUGAGCUGGUGGAUGACAUCUACCAGGACCUGGAGAACAACUCCAAAGAGUUCGGUCAGCUGGCCUACGAGCUGCUGGAUCAGUCCUACAAACACGAUGAGCAGGUGGCCAUGAAGCUGCUGACCUACGAACUGAAGAACUGGAGUAACUCCACCUGCCUGAAGCUGGCUGUAGCUGCCAAACACAGAGACUUCAUUGCCCACACCUGCAGCCAAAUGCUGCUGACCGAUAUGUGGAUGGGCUGUCUGAGGAUGGGCAAAAGUAACAGCCUCAAGGUCAUUUUAGGGAUCAUUUUCCCUCCUGCCAUCCUGCUCCUGGACUUCCGUCUUGGGGAUGAAGCUUCACAUCAUUCAUAUAAAGGCGACAAUGAUGGAAAAACUAAAGAUGACAAGAAGUCAAACAAGGAUGCUGCAUCUAACGCUGAUGCUGCUGCAAAGAAAGGAGAUGAAGAAGAAAAUGAGAGCGACAAGAAGCAGGGGAGGAGGGUUCCUAUCGGGAGGAAAAUCUACGAGUUCUACAACGCCCCCUUCACCAAGUUCUGGUUCAACACGAUCUCCUACCUGGUGUACCUGAUGUUGUAUAACUACAUAAUCCUGGUGAAGAUGGAGCGCUGGCCGUCUCUGCAGGAGUGGAUCGUCGUCUCUUACAUUGUCACUCUGGGCCUGGAGAAAUUCAGACAGAUCCUGAUGUCAGAGCCUGGGAAGCUGAAGCAGAAGAUCAACGUGUGGUUGGAGGACUACUGGAACAUCACGGACCUGGUGGCCAUCUCGGUCUUCAUCUUUGGUUUCCUGCUGCGGCUGGAGCCCGAACCAUACAUGGGAUACGGCCGCGUCAUCUACUGUGUCGACAUCAUCUUCUGGUACAUUCGAGUCCUUGACAUCUUCGGAGUCAACAAGUACCUGGGCCCCUACGUCAUGAUGAUCGGCAAGAUGAUGAUUGACAUGCUGUACUUUGUGGUGAUCAUGCUGGUGGUGCUGAUGAGUUUCGGUGUAGCUCGGCAGGCCAUCCUCCACCCAGACGAGGAGCCGACGUGGCGUCUGGCCCGUAACAUCUUCUACAUGCCCUACUGGAUGAUCUACGGAGAGGUGUUUGCCGACUCCAUAGACCACAUCGUUAUCUCUUCCAGUGGUUCUAACAUGAAGUCGUGUUUGCUCUGAGAGGAUUCUCAGCUGUCUUUGUUUCCCUCCUUCUUUCCUGCCGCUGCUCGUGGACAGUUUAUGCGAUGGAAAUCCACCCUCCAUGUGGAGAAAACUUAUAUGAUGAAGAUGGGAAGAAGCUCCCUCCCUGUAUCCCUGGAGCUUGGCUCACUCCUGCCAUCAUGGCUUGUUACCUGUUGGUAGCCAACAUCCUGCUGGUCAACCUGCUCAUCGCC